CAGUUUAAGCUGUUGCACCCAUGCAUCACUGGUCAACAUGGCGUCCGGAUUGUUACUAAAUCGUGGUGUGCUAACAUUAGGGAUUCACUGUCAGCGUGUGUGCAGAAACGUGUCGGUUUCACAGGUUAGAGAGAAGAAGCGAUGGAUGAAAUCAUACACUCACCUCAUGGCGAGGAAGCUGAAGCUGGAAGGACCUCCAGCUCCGAAGCCACGCUCUCUACAGCCUCACUGGGACUUCCAUGCUGAGGUCCAGUCGUUCAGCUCCCGGCUCCAGGAGAACUUCUCCCUGGAGGCCCUGAAGAGAGCCUUCAUCAAUCCCUGUUACCUGCAGGCGGAGCAGGAGAGGAGGCGGGCGUUGGGCCUGGACUCGGAGACCGCCGCCCUCGCUCUGAAAGACAACAUUCAGCUGAGUGAAAAGGGAGAGGGUUUCACUAAAAGCUUCCUGUCCGACUGGUGCAUGGCCAACUUCCCCAGGCUGCGGAGAGAAGGGGUGGAGAGCGUCGUAGCGCACCUCACCAGCUCACCAGUUGUGACCUAUGUAGCAAGAAACCUGGGCAUUGAAGACCUGACCAUGAGCGCAGAGUGUCCUGUUCCUGAUGAUGUGCUUUACUCCACAUUCAUGGCAGUGAUCGGAGCUCUGGAGGAGAGCAGUGGAGCCGAGCAGACCGGAUUAUUCCUCAGGGAUUUUGUGUCCUCUCAGCUGAUAGGGAAGGACCUGUUUGACAUGUGGACAGUUGUGGACCCCAUGGGACUGCUGGUGGAGGAACUCACUCAGAGGAACCUUCCCCUGCCAGAGCCUCGGCUUGUCAGGGCGGCAGGAGCCAGUACCGUCCUGCCGCUGUUCUUUGUCGGCUUGUACAGCGACAAGAAGUUCCUGGCUCAGGGUCCGGGGGAGACUCUCGUAGCAGCUGAGGAAGAGGCGGCUCGCGUAGCCCUCCGGAAACUCUACGGCUACACGGAGAACCACAGACCCUUCAACUUCUCUCCUCUACAGCCACAUCAGCAGCCAUUAAUCCAAGCAGUCGGCAGCAAUUAAUGAAUUAAAAACUAUUUUGCUGCAGCAGAAAAUUGGACAUUAAAGUGGCACGAAUGGACAAGAGGGAUCAUUUGAGAUAAAGUACAUCUUGUUUGUGGAUAAUGCUAUUAUACGGAUUGUAGAGAGAAGGUCAAGGAACAUAAGGUCACCAUUGACCUUACUUACCAAUGUCAAUGUCAGUCCCCAAGACAAAGGAGAACCAAUUAAACAUAUUGUACAAAAAAAGACUAUGGUGAAGGGGCCAGGUUUCCACUGUAUCAGACAUCAUCAAUCUAAGUGUUUCUGAAUUAAUGUAAUAUAUUCAAGUGUGUAAAGUCCACAAUUGCCAUAAAUUACAUUGGCUAAUAAACUUCAAGCUGUUCAGCAGAACAUGCCGCAAAACAGCCCUCGUGUUUGUUUUUUCUUGUAAAUACUCAUUACUAAUUGCCAUUUGGUUUACUCUGUAUGCUGUUAUAACAUUUUGUUCAUCUGUAAUAAAAAGUUAUAAAUAUGA